AUGACUGAUUAUUAUUUUUCUAAAGCUGCAGCAAUCGCUCAAAAUGCAGCUAAAUUAUCAAAAAAAGUAUCGGAAGGACUUGUAGAGAAUGCACGUGAGUUUGGUUUGGAGGCUACUUCUUCUAAUCAUUAUUUUGAGACCUCUGAAGAGAAAAUGCGAGAUAUUAGACGUUUAUUAGAUUCAAGACACGAUCGUGAAAAAAUGGAUGGAUUGAAAAGGUUGAUUGCAGUAAAUGCUUUAGUUGAAAUCAUAACAACUCUUUUAAAUGAUAAUUCAGCGUUUACAUUAGGAAGUGUUAUAAUAGCUUUUGAUGAAGUCUGUCCUGAUAGAUUUGAUCUGAUACAUCCACAUUUUCGAAAAUUAUGUCGAAUGUUAAUUGAUGCAGAUGAAUGGGGCCAAAUUGCUAUCAUGGGAUUAUUAUUAAGAUAUGGAAGGACACAAUUUUUAAAUCCAAAUCCAAACGGAAUAAAAUCUUCAGUUAAGAAAAAGUCCAAAAAUUUUUAUUCGGACGAAGAAGAUUCUGAAAAUUCCGAAGAAUCAUUUGAAAAUACAUUGAUUCUUGAUCCAGAUCAUGAAUUAAUAUUAAGGUCUUGCUUGCCGCUUCUUCAAAGUAGAAAUAGUGCAGUAGUAAUGUCAGUAGUAAAAGUUUUAUAUCAUUUGGCACCAAUCGAAGAAGCAUACAAAAUAGGCAAACCUUUAGUAAGACUUUUACGUAGUCAUCGCGAAAUUCAACAUGUUGUAUUGGCAAAUAUUGCUACUAUGGCAACUCAAAGACCGUAUCUUUUUGAACAGCAUCUUCAGCAAUUUUUUGUUAGAUCAACAGAUCCAUCAUUUAUUCGUAAUCUUAAAUUGGAAAUAAUGACCUUAAUCGCAACUGAAACUAAUAUUACACUUUUACUAAGAGAAUUACAAGAAUACGUGAAAAGUCCAAAUAAAGAUUUUGCAACCUCAGCAAUUCAAGCAAUUGGACGUUGUGCAAUAGGAAUGCCUGAAAUGGCCGAAAGUUGCCUUAAUGGCCUAAUGAAAUUAUUGUGGAGCAAGAAUGGUGGAUGCUGUUGUGGCAGAAUCAGUUGUGGUGAUCAAAAGACUUUUACAAUUGAGACCUCAAGAUAA